AUGCUAUCGAGCUAUACGAUACCAAUUUUAGCCGCCAUCACCCGCGUAUCCCCCGCUAGCUGUAGCUUGCCUAUGCGAAAGCCAGCCAAGCCGAACAAAGACAAAGACAGGAAGAAGGCACAGCAAACUGUAGGAAUUACGCGAUACGUCCCUUAUAUACCACCUUCACUCGUAAGUGAUACUGUGGGCGCAUUAAAGGAUCGUGAAUCAUUGGCAGCGGUUUUGGAUCUGGUCUGCAGCCCCGUGGCCCCGGCCGAAAGUAGUGAGGACAGAGCGCUAUUCCAGCGAGUCGCAGAGGCAUACAGGACGUACCAGGAAGCACAGAACGAGCGUUAUCUAGAACGUGAACUGCAAAUACGGGGCAACGUACUAGAGGCCAUCCACAACCUGCCAGAACACCUGUACGACGAGGCUGUGCGCUCAGAGAGCGAACACAUGCCCGAAACGCUCACGUUCCAGCACGCAUUUCGUGUACAGCUGGUGGAAAGCGAACUGUCGGACUUCGAAAUUGAGAAGUUGGACGCGUACAGGCUUCUCAUGUACCUGAGGUUCCCCUACCUCGACGUCAAAGCGAAACAGCCAGGACUCUUCUGGCUUGAAGAAAAGAAAGCCAUAUCACGCCAGAAGCAGGCAUCGUUGCUUGCCCGCAAGAAGAAGGUUAGGUGA